AUGCAUUACAAAACUGCACAAUGUUUCAAUAUACAUUGUUUGCAGCUAUAUAAUUAUCUGUAUGACAGAGCAUUCCUUUUUAUGUCUAAGGUAUAAACUGGAUCAUUGCCUGUUGCACGGGGAUAAACGAGGUAUUUUGACGGAUAAACCUGGCGCUCAAGGUUCAUGGAAGGUUGAGGGAUUUUCGAUAGAAAGCACACGCAACAAUGAAUUUGAACAGGCGAAGUCAGCAGUCGUCUGUUUCCUGCCUGUAGCUGGGUCCUGUAUGGAAGCCCGUGCGAGGCUGUCCCGGAGACCCCGCGCUGCCUGCACCUCUCGUCUUGGUUGACAUGGACGAUGAAGAUGGCAGGUGCCUGCUAGAUGUCAUUUGUGACCCAGAAGCACUCAACGAUUUUCUUCAUGGAUUAGACACCCAUCUGGACACUGGCGACCUAUUGGAUGGCUCGAGCGAUCCCUCCAGCUCUUUCUUCUCGGGUGCUGGGUGCCACAUUCCAGAGGUCCUGCCCCCAGUCCAGCUGCUGUCCAAUGAGCAGCCAGUCUUGCCCCGUGUCAGUGUGGACCUGGACUUCCUGGAAGAUGAUGUCAUCCUGGGCGGGUCGCCGGGCGGUAGCAGUAGCAACACCAUGGAGCCAUGUGACAUCCUGCAGCAGAGCCUGGCGGAGGCUAACAUUACAGAGCAGAGCCUGCAGGAGGCCGAGGCAGAGCUGGACCUGGGCUCCUUCGACCUCACCAUGCCAGGUCUGACUCAGGUGGUCCAGACCCUGCCCUGUACAGACAGCCUGACUGGGUCUGGAGGGACCGCUGUGGGGGUGGGGCUCUCCAUCUUCCCUGAAGCUCCAGGCUCCUCCGCCACCCCUCCCCAGUCCACAGCUGACAUGCUGGGCUCGGUGCUGGCCCAACAGGGCCUGGAGUUUGGGCCCCAGGUCAUGAACAAGGCCCAGACCAUCAGUAUGCAGCCUUUCAUUCAGCAGGUGGCAGGCCUGGGUAACGUUACCCUUCAGCCAAUCGCCUCCCUCCAGGCUCUACCUAACGGCUGUCAGUCAGGACACCUGGGACUGGGACAGAUACAGGUGAUGGGCCAGCCCACUGUGAUGACUAUGAACCAAUCAGGACAGCCCAUCCUGGCCAAGAGUAUGGGAGGAUACCAGCUGCACCAGCCUGGCCCCGAGGCACAGGGGGCAGGUGGGCAGGGCGGACUGGGAGGGGGACUUCUGAUCCAAGGGGGCAAAGCUACUCUGGGAUCUCCAGUUUUAAACGGCCCGGCGUUGGGCACUAACAUUAACGGUAGCACCAUAACUGCUGCUGGAAGCUUGGGUCAACAGGGGCAGAACCUGAUCAUCCAGCGAACUCCGACCCCCAUCCAGCCCAAACCCCCCCAGGGGGGCGCAGCCAACCAGCCCAAACUGUUCAAGCAGCAGCAGGCCCAGCCCCACACCCUCCAGAAUGAUGCCAACAAGGCUCUUGGGGCUCAGGUCCCUGUCUCCGCUGCCCAGAAUGUAGCCUUCCUGACAGGCAAGCCUGGCGCCAAUGUGGUCCUGACCUCCCAGGCAGGGCUUCCCCAACAGGCUCUGUUCAAACAACAGACAGCCCACCACCCCUCUGGGAAAGCACUCAGUGUCCACCUGCUCAACCAGCCUGGCAGCAUCAUGCUGGGGGGGCAGAACCACCAGUUCCUCCUGCCACAGCAGCUAGCUGGGGGUCAGAUCCUCACGCAGCACCCUGGGGGCCACAUCAUCACCUCCCGGGGGCCUGGGGGCCAGCUGAUAGCCAACCAGAUCCUGGCUCAGCACCAGAACAUCAACCUGGGCCAGGUGCUGACUUCUCAGGGCCACCCUCUGCUCCAGGGCCACAUCCAGCUGCAGCCGGGCCAGAUGGGGGUGGGACAUCAGCUCUUCCAGAUGCCUGUCACCCUCUCCCAGAGCCAGAGCCACCCAGUCACGGGCCACCAGGCCCACACAGUGAUCCAGGGCAUGCCCUUGCACAACUCCCUGGCCAUGCUGAGCCAGGUAGAAGGGUUGAGUCCUGCUGUCAGCCUGCAGCCCGCUCUGCAGCCACAGCCAGGGGGCGUUCCCAGCAGCGGGGUGGGUGGGGCUGCUGCCAUUGCACAGGGCCAGCCUGGGGGGAGUUCUACAGACCAGGCAGCCCACCCUGGACAAGCCCCUCAGCCCUCCUCCAUCCUCUCUAUGCAGGCUGGGCCCUCUGUCUCCAUGGCCAUGUCUGUCCCCUCCUCCUCUCCGUCCUUAUCUGUGUCCACCACACUGGUCCCCCACCUAGCCCAGCAGCACAGCCCCGGGAGCAGGGUGCUCUUCACGGGCCACCAGGGCUCCAGCAUGAUCCUCAGCCAGGAACACCUCCAGAUGUUCCUCCAGCAGGACCAGCGACAGACAGAGAAUGAUCCCGUCCCCACUGUGUCAGUGGGCGUGCCAGCGUCCGUUAUCGUCAGCAGCAACAGCAGUUUUGGCCAUGCCUCCUCGGGCCAUGACAGCCAAUUAGCUGAGACAGCAGUGGUAAACCAGAUGCCCCAGGCGGGUGUCCAGCAGCAGCAACUGAAGCUCCAGAGCCUAUCCCCCUCCCAGCCCCUGGCCUCCCACACUGCCCUCCCUCUGUCGGACAGCCCCCAGCCCUCCCCCCUCCCCAUGCAUUCCCCCCAGUCCUGGCCCCCUUCUCAACCCCAGACCCCCGCCCGAUCCUGCACCCCCUCCUCUCUUCCCCCAAUGUUCAUUAUCCAGAACCAGAUACCAGGCCACUCCCAGCCUGCACUACAACAACAACAACAACAGAUACACCUCCAGCCCCGGCCCCCCUCCCAGCCUGCCCCACAACAACAACAGAUACACCUCCAGCCCCGGCCCCCCUCCCAGCCUGGUCUCUACGAACCGGACGUCCCCCCUCCCUCUCACUCCCCCAAACCCCCCCAGAUCCCCCAGGCCCCUCUGGCAGGGCUCCAGUUCACUGCUAGCCAGGUGGGGGACCCCGGGGGUGGGGUGUUGAAGACCCAGAUCUUAACAGCAGAUCGGCAGCACCGCCUGCAGCUGGUUGGUGCUCAGCCCUCUCCACAACAGAAACACCAGGUGCAACAAAAUAUUCUACUACAGGCCAAAUGGCAGCAGCAAAGCCAGCCCCAACCCCAACAGCAUGGUGGUCAACAACAAGACGUGCCUGCUCCUCAGUCAUCUGUGCUGGUCAAGACUCCUGCCACAGCAUUCAAUGACGUGUUGUCAGGAGCUCAGGUGACCCAGGGGGGCGUGGCUCCAGCUAACCAGCCUGGUCAACAGUCACUACACCAGGCUGUGCAGGUGGGGGGGAUGGAGUCCGUGUCAGGUCUGAGUCAGAUGACCUCUACACAGCAGACUUUCAGCCCUGGUCUGGCCUCUCUACAAACACAGACUGCUGCUAUGAAGAUGCCUUUCAGUAUGGCUAAACCCAGCAAGGAAGCCAGGAUGUUGGAGCAGCUGAGGAAGCAGCAGGGCUCAGUCCUCCACCCAGACUACAGCUCUUCCUUCCAGUGCUUUGAAGACACCCUGACCGGCCUGGUGCCUUACCACCUCUACCAGGGCACUGCCACCCCACCACACGACUACCACAGAGGUACACACACCCUGACCCUCCUGGUGCCUUACCACCUCUACCAGGGCACUGCCACCGCACCACACGACUACCACAGAGUGGAUGAUGAGUUUGAGAGGGUUUCCAGCCAGCUCCUGAAGAGAACGCAGGCUAUGCUGGAUAAAUACAGACACCUCCUUUUUGAGGAAUCAACGCGCCUUGGCCCAUCAGCUGAGAUGGUAAUGAUGGACAGGAUGUUUAUUCAGGAAGAGAAGAUCUCUCUGGGACAGGACCGCAUCCUCGCCAGAGACAGGCCUGAGGAGUAUGUGGCCAACUCAAGGAUGAUGGAGAUUGAGAGUGGAGCUGCCAACAUGGCCCAGUCCAAGCCUCAGCUACAGUCCCAGCUCCACCAUAAGCCUCAGCUACAGCCUCAGCCCCACCAUAAGCCUCAGCCCCAUCCUGAGCCUCAGCCCCUGUCCCAUCCUCAGCCCCUGUCCCAUCCUCAGCUCCAUUCCGAGCCCCAGCUCCAUUCCGAGCCUCAUCCUCAGCCCCUGUCCCAGCUCCAGUCCGAGCCUCAUCCUCAGCCCCUGUCCCAGCUCCAUCCUGAACCCCUGUCCCAGCCCCAUCCUGAACCCCAGCCUCAUCCUCAGCCCCUGUCCCAGCCCCAUCCUGAACCCCAGCCCCAUCCUCAGCCCCUGUCCCAGCCUCAGCCCCAGUGGCUUGAGCCCAGCCCCGUAAGGAGUGGUGUUGCCCCUGCUUCAGCCCCAACACCGGUCCCAGACCACUUCCCCUCCACCAAGCUGGUGAUAAAGCAGGGAGGAGCGGGGGCGUCUGUCUCCUGGUCCAGCUCCCCAGCUCCUGUGGCCAGGCCGGGGUCAGGGGUUAGACAGACAGCCGACACCCAGAGUCACAGCUCCUCCUUCAGCCGCGCUCCUCCACCUCCCUCCCGUCACUCACCCCACCGCCCUUUCUCCUCCUUUCGUCCAGCUGAGGAUGAUGAUACUCUCCCCCGGAGGACCAGUAAACCCCCCAUGAAGACGUACGCCGCCCGCCCACGCAUCGGCUUGAAGCUCAAGAUCAAGCAGGAGGCGGGGUUUAGUAAGGUGGUGCAUAACACCGCCCUCGACCCGGUCCACACACCAUCCACACCCAACCCUAAGCCACAGCCACUCCCUACCACCCUGCCCCACCCGGCGCCGCCACUCCCUACCACCCUGCCCCACCCGGCGCCGGCACUCCCUACCACCCUGCCGCACCCGGCGCCGGCACUCCCUACCACACGACCCCAACCGAUGCCGGCACUCCCUACCACACGACCCCAACCGGCGCCGGCACUCCCUACCACCCUGCCCCACCCGGCGCCGGCACUCCCUACCACCCUGCCCCACCCGGCGCCGGCACUUCCUACCACUCGACCCCAACCGACGCCGGCACUCCCUACCACCCUGCCCCAACCGACGCCGGCACUCCCUACCACACGACCCCAACCGACGCCGGCACUCCCUACCACACGACCCCAACCGACGCCGGCACUCCCUACCACCCUGCCCCAACCGACGCCGGCACUCCUUACCACACGACCCCAACCGACGCCAGCACUCCCUACCACACGACCUCAACCGGCGCCGGCACUCCCUAAAGCCCAAACAGCAGCACUAGCCACGCCGCCUUCUAUAACUGUCAUUAGGACUCCUCCCCCUAGCUGUAACACAGCCUCCUCAGCAAUGGUCUUCAUAGCAACCACACAGGCGAACCCUAGCCCACAGAGAGUCACAGCGCCCGCAUCUUCCUCCACGGCUCAGAUGAACGGAGCGUUAGAACAUCACAAUGUGGGUGGAGUCAAGCGUAACCCCGCCUCCACGGCCACUUCCCCUCAGACCACCUGCCGCCUGCCUCUACGGAAGACUUACCGGGAGAACAUCAGCCCCCGCGUCCGACCGGGUGUACCGGGAGGAGGAGGAGACAGUGUCCCGUACCCCCGUCCCUCCCCCUCGCCCCCCAAUUCUCCCUCCUCACCCUCUCCCUCCUCAGAGGGGACAGUGAUCACCAGCAUGAAGCUGGAGAAGAGAGGAGGCAGCCCCAGGGAGGGGGGCUCCCACACAGAGCUCAGCCGGGAGGCCCUGAGGCUGGGGAACUCCUAUCCCUCCUCUCCUGGCCUAGUGCAGGGCAUCACAAACACCCAGCAGCAUCUCUCAGACAGAGAGGAGGAGAGGGGGAGAGAAGGGGAUCAUUGGGACAGAGGGGCGGACAUGGGGAGGUAUAAGAGGGUGAGCAGUAAAAACCACCAGAGGUCUGGUGGAGGUGAUACGUUCAGAAUGGACCAGCAUGCCCCUGGGCCCCCUUCCUCGCCGCCAGACACUUCUUGUUACAGAGACUCAUCACUUCCUGCUAAGCGCUGUAAGUCAGACUCUCCUGUCAUGGACAACGCCUCCUUCUCCUCCGGCUCCCCGCCACACGAUGAGUCUCUUAACGAGCACCUGCAGUGUGCCAUCGACACCAUCCUCAACUUGCAGGGCCAGGCCCAGGGGCCCACACCGCGCAGAGCCAAAGGGGGCUCCAUCAGGCCACACCACCACCACAGCCAGCGACCCACGGCCCCCCAGCCCUCCUCACAUACAUACAGACCCUCAGUCUCUUCUUCAUCUUCAUCCUCUCUGGCCCAUCACUCUCAGGUUGGAGGCAGAGGACUGGUGCCACAGACUCACAGCAGAUAACACAUACAACAGUUGGGACUGAAGAGAGGAGAGCGGAAUAACUCUCACUGCUCUGACGAGCUCAGUUGACCUUGUUUGUCCAUCUGAAUGUUGUUUACUUUACAACAUGACACAAUGCUCACAGUCACUGGAUGGAUGGAUGGUGAUGACUCUCUGUAAAAAGGUAUGCUUUACUCUGUGGCAGUACCCUCUGCUCUCUCAACUACGCUCAAUCAUCAGUUUGAUUCAUUUGUCUCCAGUUCUUUUGUAUUAUUGAAGGUUUUCCUUAUUCAUUCCCACUGUAUUCCAUUCCUUAGUCAUCAUGUUAUAGCUGCUGCCUGCC